AUGGAUUCCAAUAUAGAUUGGAUGGCGAUUGAUAUAUCAAUGUUUUAAUUUUGGGAUAAAUUAGGAGUAGGAUUUUGGUUUAAUUAUUUACCAAAUUCUGAUUCCUUGAGUAUGAAUUUAGUUGUCAUAUUUAGCAUCAUAAUCUUUUAAUACAAAAUAAGUAAAUUACCUAUUAUACAUUGUGGAAAACAGUGAAUCUACUGAAUAUUCGAUUAUAUUUUAUUUAGAUAUAGAUGCAGAUUAAUAAAAAAUUAAAUUAAAAGGAGUAAUUUAAUAUGAAUCACAAUCUUAAGUUUUUGAUUGUCCAUUAGAUACUUAGAAUUUUGAAGGUGAUUGGCAUCUAUUAUACUAUUUUGAUGAUAAAGAAACCAACUAAAUAAACAUUUAUGUUUUAAAUUAUAGAACAAGAGUAACAUUUUCUUAAUAAUAAAUUGGAUCAAUAUAAUAUGGGUAAAGGAUAUUUUAAAGAAAUUUUGGAACUUUUUAGAUUUUUUAAGGGUCUGAAUUAGUAAGAUUUAGAUAUUUUCCUGGAAAGUUGGGAUAUAUAUUUGUCACAUUUUUUUAUAAUAUAUUCACGAAUAUUGACUAAUUUUUAAUUGAUUGUCCAAUAUCUUAUUCAUGCCAACCAGGUUAUUUUCCCCUAGUUGGUUAUAAUUAAGAAUUAAAAAAGAAUAAGAUUAUAUAAGGAACAAUAUAAAAUUCGAUUAAAAAAAUAGGAUAUGUUAUAUAAGGAUGGGUAAAGUUAAAUAAAAUUGAGUCAAUCUAAUAGUUGGACACCGUACUAUUAAGAAUAACAACUCGUUAUCAAUAUUUUAAUGAGAAAUAGUAUGGAGAUCGAUUAAUAUAUAUAGUAUAUCAUUAAAACAUCAUUUAAGAUGAGAAUGGACUUACAGUAUCUAUAAAUAGUUAUAAAUUCCCAAUAAUAGAGGAGACUUAUUAAAAUGAUGAUUUAGAUAAAAUAACUAUAAUUGGAAAACAAUAUAGUGAAGCAAUAAUAUAAUGGCAUUAUUUUUAGUAUGAAAUUGGAACAAAAAAUAAUGAAGGAUAACCAUUGUUUACAAUAUAUUUUGCAUUUUUAAAUUUGAAAUAACAAUGGAAAUGGAAUAAAUAAAUUAAUCAAUUUACAAAUAGCAAAUUUAAUUUAUUUAUAGGUGGUGAUGAUUUUGUUUCUAAUUUAUUUUCUGGAUUUUUAAGUGACUGGUCUUUCUCUAAAUAUUGUGAUCCAGUAGAUGUAUAAUUUAAAAUAAAAUGUCAUUUUUCUUGUAAAACAUGUGAUGGUAUUUCACCUUAAAAUUGCUUAAGUUGUAACAGUGAAAGUCAUAGAUUGUAUUCAAAAGAAUAAAAAAGAUGUCAAUGUGCUUAUGGUUACAUAGAAAUAAAAGACAAUGAGAAUUGUUUAAGUAUAUAAAUUUGAGAUUAUAAAGCAAUGGAAGAAAUAAUGGGAAAUAUGGUAGUCGAUGAAUUUGAGAGAAAAUGUGAUAAAGUUGGAUAUUUUACUUGUGAUGAAGAUAAUAUUUAAUGCGAUUAUGGUUAUUUUUAAAUUGGUAAUGAAUGUCUCAUGUGUCCAAGGAUGAAUUAAGAGUUAUUAGAUGAAAUUAUUGAAUGUGGAGAUUGCAUACUUAAUCCUGAAAAAUUUUCAUCUACUUUAGUAUGUGUUUAUGAUUUAAAGGUUUUGGAUGAAUAAAGAAAAUUUGCUUAUAAAUAAGUUAUAAGAGGAUCUUAAUAUGAAGAAGUAUUUAAAAUAGUUAAAGAUGAAUUUGGGAAUAAUUAACUUAAACUUUUUGAAGGGGAAUUCCUUUAUGGGUGUAAAUAUGGUUAUUACAAAGAUUUUGAUGGAAAAUGUAAAAAAUGCUUAGAAGGUUGUGAAUUGUGUAUAAUGGGUUCGAGUUGCAGAUAUUGUUUUAUUGGUUAUACAUUAAGAAAAGAUGGUUAUUGUGAGAAAUGCUAAACAUGUCAUAAUUGUAUGCUUGAAGAUAAUAAAGAAGUUUGUUUAUAUGAAGAUGAUUGUUUAAGUAAUUAAUAUUGGUCAAAUAAAUAAUGUUAUGAUUGUGGUUAAUAUUGUGGAAAAUGCCUUUAAUCAAAAUGUCUAUAUUGUAUAAAUAAUUAAGAUUACUUUAUUACAUUUGAUAAAUUAAAUUGUGCCAUUUGUAAUAUAAAAAAUUGUUAAUAUUGUUUUUAAUAUUAUUAAUCAGAUGGUUAAUAUUAUACAACAUUAGAUUAUAAUCCAUUUAUGGAAAAUAUUCAAUAAGAAUUUAUUAAAAUUGGAUGUGCAUAAUGUAAUUAUAAUAUGUUUUUUAAUUUUUAUACUAAUACAUGUGAAUAAAGACCUAUUGAUUAAAUUGAAUGUUCUUUUGGUAUUAUAACUCAAGAUUCUGAUAUAGCCAUAUGCAUUAAAAGUCUAUAUCCUUUAAAAGGAAUACAAUAAACACAAUGCAAUUCUUUAUCAUUUUGUGAAUAAUGUAUUCUUAAUUAUAUAAAUGCUGAUGGCUUUUGUAUUUAAUGUAGUGAUGGAUAUUAUUCUUCAAUUACUACUGGAUAAUGUAAAUAAUGUCCUCUCACUUGUAAGACUUGUUAAUAAUAGAAUACCAAUCAUUAAGAUUUUUGGAAAUGGGAUAUUAAAGCAUUUUAUAAUUACUUUGUAAAUUAAAAUGGUGAUCAUUUUUUUGAAUAAUAUGGUUUAAAUUUUGAAACAAAAGAUUUUGAAAUUGUUUGUACAAGUUGUUUUUCUGAUAGUUUUUUAUAUAAGAAUGGAUGUUUUAAUAAUUGUGGAUAAGAUUGUAAUAAUUGUUAAAUACUUUCUAAUUUCAAUUCCUAAUAUUCUCAAUGUUUUUAAUGCAAUAAUGCUUUAUAUAAUCAAUAGAAAAGUAUUAAUUAAAAUGAUUUAACAAUUUGUCAAGAAUGUGUUGUAUUUUGUAAAGCUUGUCAAACAAGAAAUCUAUCAUAAAUAAAUUAAUUAAAUCCUUUUAUAACUAGUUCUUCAAAAUACACUCAUUAAUGUUAUAGUUUUGAUCAGCAAUUGCAAUAAUCUGAUUAAGAUCUGAAAUAUAAUAUCUAAUAUAAGAAUUAUAUUAAUUUUCAUCCUUACUUUAAAACACCUUAUAAAUGUUAAAAGUAUGACAAAUGCAUCAAAAUAUUGACUUUUAAUUAAUUAGUUUAUUGUGAUUAAAGUUAUUAUUAUUUUGACUACUUUAAAGAUUAACGCCCUAAUUUUAGGAAUUAAUAUAAAACAUAUUACUAAUUUACUGUUUUUGAUAUUAUAUUAGAUGAUUAUCUCUAUAAUUUCAUUAAUGAAUAAUCAAUUGUAGAAAUCAAUUAUAUUAAUUUAAUAAAAACACACCCAAAAUAUACUGGAAGUUGCUAUUAAUGGGAAGCAUAACCUGUCAAAAUUAAAAAUCCUUUUUCUUCUUAAAUAUUUACAAUUAAAACAGCUAGAAUUAAACUAAUAGGUGAAUAAUUAAUUAAUUUACUUACUUAAUCAAGUUAUAGUAUUAUAGAUUUUGAUUAUAUUCAUUUUUAAAAUGUUGGAUUAUUAGCAACAUCAACUUUAAGUCAUCCUGGUACAAAUUAAUAUAAGAUUAAUUGUAAAUUUAAUAUUAUUAAUUCACAUAAUCCAAUUACUUUUAAAUUAAGUGAUUCAUAAAUAUUAAGUAAAAAUAAUUAAGGAUUAACUUCAUUAUCAAUAAUGAGCAAUAAUUCUCUAAAUAUUUUAUUUGAUAAUAUUACAUUCCUAGAUUUAAAUUUGACAGAUUCUAAAUUAUUAGAUUUUCAAACUUAAUAAAGUACAAAAAAUUCAGUAUUUAAUGCUCAUAAUUUAGUAUUCAUUAAUUCUAAUUUCACUUAAUCAAGUAUCUUUUAUUUUGAAUCACUUAUUUUCACUCCUAAUUAUAAAAUAUCUAUUACAAAUAUUUAUGCUUCUAACCUUACUUUUAGAGCAGGAUCCUAAUUUAUUAAUACAUCAUUCUAGAUGCAAUAUAAUAUAGGAUAGAUUUUACUAGAAAAUUUAUAUUUCCAAAAUAUAACAUUGAUGAAUUCAUCUUAAAUUAUGAAUCUUAUGGGUGUUGGUAAGUGUUCCAUUAAAAAUUUCACUUUAAAAAAUAUCAUUUUCUUAGAUGAUUCAUCAUUCUUAUUAUCAAAUAUAAUUCAUAUUGAAGACUUUUUAGCUAUUGAUAUAAUUAUAUAUUCUGGCUAUUUAAUAACAAAUAAAGGUACUUCUUCAAAAACAACUGAAUCAUUAAGAAAUGCUGAAUCUAUUAGGAUAAAAAAUGCUAGCUUUAUUGAUAACAUUUAUUAUAAUUCUUAAUGUUUUAUUACUAUAUUUUAGAAUGAACUUUUAAAUAAUUCACUUAAUAUUGAUGGUUUAAUCUUAAGAAACAAUAGAUAUUAUAAUAUUUUAAAAGGAUCUAAUUAAAUUAAAUCUUUGAUUAAUGAUGAAUCCUUAAUCUACUUAGAAUGUUAAGUAUGUAUCCUUAAUAAUGUAGAAAUAUUUAGAGGUUUAGGGUAUCCAGAAAUUGCUAUUUUUAGAAGUAAAUCUUUAAAAUUUUCAAAUAUUUUAAUUUAAUAAAGCCCAUAAUUUAUUACAAAGACUUUACAUUCGUCUUAUAAAUGCAUUGAACAAUUCUUAUAUUUAGAUAUAUAUUAUGCAUUCUACCUAAAUUCUUUCAAUCAAGUUGAAAUGGAUAAUGUAAUUAUAUUUUAAUCUGUAAUUUUUGAUAAUCCAUUUUUCUUGUUUGCUAGCUAAAAUUAAUUAGAUGAAUAGGUAGAAAAUAGUUUUAUAAUAAAAAAUUCAAGAUUUUUUAAUAAUAUAUUGAUAAUAACUUAAUAAAAUAAAUUUACUUCAAUAAUAGCCAUAAAAACAGAGCAAUUAAUUAAUAUCAGUAUAGUAAAUACAAAUUUUACAUAGAACUAUUUGAAUGAAUAUUUCCAAGAUUAUUAAUUAUUUUCAUCCUCAACUUUAGUUAUUUAUGCCCAAUCAGGAAAUGUAUUAAUAUCAAAUUGCUUUUUUGAUCAAAAUAUAAUUUCUAAUUCUACUGAUUCAAAUUUAUUCAUUAAAACUAAUAAUCUUAGUAUUAAAAAUAGUUUCUUUACUAAAUAAAAUUAAAUAAAUCCCAAUGUUUUCCAGAAAUACUUAUUUGUCUCAAAAAUAGACACUGAUGUCUCUACUAAUAUUAUACUUAAUUUUUAAGUAUUAUCAUCUGGUGGAAAUGCCUACCUUUUAAUAAAUUCUAUGAUUCUAGAGUAAAUUGAAGUUGAAUAAUCUUUGGCCUAAAAUGGAGGAGCCUUUUAUAUUAUCACAUCUUAAGAAGGUUCAAUAGAAAUAAGUAAUUCAAAAUUUGUAAAUACUUCGACUACAAUUAAUGGAUAUUAGAUAUCUGUAGGUGGGUGCCUUUAUAUUGAUUCUUCAAAAAGUCGUUUCAAACUUUAUAUUCAUAAUUCAAUAUUUUAAUUUACAUCCUCAAGAACCUAAGCUGGACUGUUGUACAUAGAACCUUCAUUUCUUAAAAAUGAAAUUAAUUUAGAUUACUUAACAAUAUAAGAAUCCUUCUCAAUUUAAAAUUCUAUUCUUACUUUUUCUCCUAGUAGAUAAAGCUCUGUAUAUUCAAACUUUUAAAUUAAAAACUCUUUAUUGAUAAAUAGUGAAAAUGGAUUCAAUUAUUAUAUAUCCUAACUAUAAGAUAUUUCUUCAUAAGAUGUUAAGCCAUUUUAAAGAGAAAAUCCCACUAUAUAUGUUCAAUAUUGUAAUUUUACAAUGCUCAAUUGUUCAUUUAUGUAAUUUCAUAUUGCUAGCAUUUUGGAGAUAUAUAAUGGAUACAUUAUAAACUUGAAUAAUAUAUAAAUUUCAAAUAGUACUUAUUUUUUAUCUCCAGUUAUAAGAAUUUCAUUAAGAGAAGGUAUUAUUUAAAUGUAUAUAUUUUAUAGGUUUUAUAGGUAGGAUUUUACUUUAAGAUUUCACAUUGUAAUAAUUAUCAUAAAUUCAAACACAAUUUGAAGAUUGUCAAGAAGAGGAAAUAAUCGCAAUAAAAGAUUUAUUAUGUUUUGAUGAUAUUUCUGAUAUUGUUUAAAAUCCUUAAAUAGAAUUAAAUAAAAUCAAUUAUACUAAUUAACUAAUCUGCAAUAAAAAAUAGAUUUUUAAAGAAAACAAUUAUAACUUAAGUUUAUUUGAGAUAAAAAACAUAGAUGACUAUCAAGAAUUAAUUAUAGAGAAUUUAUUAAUUUCAAAUAUUGUUUGUUUUAAAUGUUAUUUUGGAGUAUUCAACGUAAUGGAUGUACAUGCUAAUUCAAUUAAUUUAAGAAUGAAGAAUAUAAGUCUAAUAAAUAAUACAUGCGGUGUUAUUGGUUGUUUAUCAUUGUUGCAAAAUUCUAAUUUUAUAUUUAAUGAGAAUUAAUAAAAUCGAAUUCUAUAAAAUUCAGUUGAAAAAAUUAAAAAUAUUUAAAAUAAAUAGCUCUAAUUAAAGAUUAGCAAUAGUCAAUUUAUAAAUAAUAUAGCUGAUUAUGGGGGAGCAUGCUUUUUUAUAGAUUUGAAUAUGUUAAUUGAAUAAUGCUUAUUCAAUAAUAAUUAAGCUAGAGAGAUAGGAGGGGCUAUCUAUUAUUACUCAGAAUAAUAAAAUCAUAUAUUAAUUUUAGAUAGUUAACUUAUAUAGAAUAAAGCAUAAAUAGGAGGUGGAUUAUAUCAAAAUGGAGAGACAAUCUAAGAACUUAUAAAAGGAAAUGUGUACAUAAAUGAAAAUACUGGUAAAAAAUAUGCAGANUAUAAGAAUCCUUCUCAAUUUAAAAUUCUAUUCUUACUUUUUCUCCUAGUAGAUAAAGCUCUGUAUAUUCAAACUUUUAAAUUAAAAACUCUUUAUUGAUAAAUAGUGAAAAUGGAUUCAAUUAUUAUAUAUCCUAACUAUAAGAUAUUUCUUCAUAAGAUGUUAAGCCAUUUUAAAGAGAAAAUCCCACUAUAUAUGUUCAAUAUUGUAAUUUUACAAUGCUCAAUUGUUCAUUUAUGUAAUUUCAUAUUGCUAGCAUUUUGGAGAUAUAUAAUGGAUACAUUAUAAACUUGAAUAAUAUAUAAAUUUCAAAUAGUACUUAUUUUUUAUCUCCAGUUAUAAGAAUUUCAUUAAGAGAAGGUAUUAUUUAAAUGUAUAUAUUUUAUAGGUUUUAUAGGUAGGAUUUUACUUUAAGAUUUCACAUUGUAAUAAUUAUCAUAAAUUCAAACACAAUUUGAAGAUUGUCAAGAAGAGGAAAUAAUCGCAAUAAAAGAUUUAUUAUGUUUUGAUGAUAUUUCUGAUAUUGUUUAAAAUCCUUAAAUAGAAUUAAAUAAAAUCAAUUAUACUAAUUAACUAAUCUGCAAUAAAAAAUAGAUUUUUAAAGAAAACAAUUAUAACUUAAGUUUAUUUGAGAUAAAAAACAUAGAUGACUAUCAAGAAUUAAUUAUAGAGAAUUUAUUAAUUUCAAAUAUUGUUUGUUUUAAAUGUUAUUUUGGAGUAUUCAACGUAAUGGAUGUACAUGCUAAUUCAAUUAAUUUAAGAAUGAAGAAUAUAAGUCUAAUAAAUAAUACAUGCGGUGUUAUUGGUUGUUUAUCAUUGUUGCAAAAUUCUAAUUUUAUAUUUAAUGAGAAUUAAUAAAAUCGAAUUCUAUAAAAUUCAGUUGAAAAAAUUAAAAAUAUUUAAAAUAAAUAGCUCUAAUUAAAGAUUAGCAAUAGUCAAUUUAUAAAUAAUAUAGCUGAUUAUGGGGGAGCAUGCUUUUUUAUAGAUUUGAAUAUGUUAAUUGAAUAAUGCUUAUUCAAUAAUAAUUAAGCUAGAGAGAUAGGAGGGGCUAUCUAUUAUUACUCAGAAUAAUAAAAUCAUAUAUUAAUUUUAGAUAGUUAACUUAUAUAGAAUAAAGCAUAAAUAGGAGGUGGAUUAUAUCAAAAUGGAGAGACAAUCUAAGAACUUAUAAAAGGAAAUGUGUACAUAAAUGAAAAUACUGGUAAAAAAUAUGCAGAUAAUCUUGCAUCAAUACCUAUGUAUUUACAUCUUUCAUUGGAUGGUGUAAAUUUAUUAAAAAACAAGAUAAUUUUUAAGAAUAAAACAACAUAAAUUGAUGAAGUUGAUGUCUAACCUUAUUCAUAUUUUGGUUCCUAAGAAAAAACUGAUUAAAUAUUAAUACCAUCAGGACUUAAGAUAUAUGAUUACAAACAUUUUGAUUCUUAGAGUAAUUCCUAUAUCAGCUAUAAUUUUUCCUUUCGACUUAUUCCUUUGAAUAUAUAAUUUGAAUAAAUGAAAAAUCUAAAUGGCACAAAGUGUAUUAUAAAUCCUUCAAUUGUAGAUAGAUAUAACCAAUAAUAAAAGAUCUAGAAUAUAAUGGAUAACAUUUCUAAUUAAUCCCUAUCAUAUACUAAAGUGUAUUUUAAUGAUUAAACUUAAGAUUAUAACUUAGAUAAUCUGACAUUAUAUUUUAAUCCUUUACAAGAAAAACAAUAUUCUCUUUAAUUAGCUUUUUUAUGUAAAGCAAUAAAAGUUCCUAUCUAUAAUGACUAUGCUCCUUAUGAAUUAAAUUAUACUCUAGAUAAUUAUAUAUUAUUAUUACAUUUGAGAACUUUUAAAUGCCAAUUAGGAGAAUAUUUAAACUCUACUUCUGGAGGCUGUGUUCAAUGUGAUAUAACUUAAAAUCAAUAUUCAGUUUAAUAAAAUGCCUAAGCUUGCUAAUUCAAAGAUGAAUAGAAAAUGAAAUCAAUUAAACCAGCAAUGAUUGAACUACGAUCAGGAUAUUGGAGAGCAUAUUAUUAUAGUAACAUUGUUGAACUUUGCUAUCAUUAAUAUUAAAAUUGCUAAGGUGGAUGGUUUGCUGGCAAUCCAUCCUGUGGAAUAGGACACAUAGGAGCAUUAUGUGAAUAAUGUGAUUUAUAUAAUAUUAGAGGAUAAGGUUAUUUUUCAAUAGGUUAAGCAUAUAAUUGUAGUAGUUGUUAAUAAGUGGCAAAGAAUAUUAUAAAUAUAGUUUUAGUUGUAUUAUGGACUUUAUUAUCUCUUUUCAUUUCAGUUACCAGCACAGUUUAAAUGAUUGAAGAAUUUAUCUUUUAAUUGAAACUUAAAUCAUUACGAAAUUAUAUUAUUACCUAACCAACAUCUACAUCUGUUCUAUUAAAAGUUUUUACUAACUAUCUUCAGAUUAUCAGUUCAAUAACUUCAUUUUAAUUAUCAAUUCCAUUGGGAAUAACUUUAGUAAUUAGUGGUGUUGGUAGUCCAAUAGAUUCAAUGGCAUUUUCUUUAGAUUGUUUUUUAGCUGAAUCAAAUUAAAUGAUUCCAAUUUUAUAUUUUAGAAUUAUUUUUAGUCUUUUAACAAUAGGAAUAUAUAUAUUGCUGUUUCUUACAAUUUAUAUAAUGCUUUUAUUUAUAAAGAAAAGUAAGUUUUAAAUAACAUUUAUCACUACUACAUUUAUUUACAUUUAUAUUUAUUUAUUUCCUAACAUUAUCAGUGGAUUAAUUGGAUUGUUGUCAUAUAGAAAAAUAUCAAAUGAAUUUUGGGUAUCAGGUAAUGUAUCUUAUUUAUAUGAUACAUAUUAACAUGCUAUAUGGUUAAUUAGUUUUGUUAUACCAAGCUUUUUUAUUUUAGGAUUGCUUAUACCAUUUUUAUUUUGGUUUGUUGUUUAUUACAAUAGAAAAUAGUUAAAUUCAAUGAAAGUAAGAAAGAUGUGGGGCUACUUAUAUAAUGAAUAUAAAUUAGAAACUUAUUACUGGGAAACUUUGAAGAUUUUAUAAAAAGAAUUAAUCAUUUUGGUAUUAUUAUACUAUUCUGAUUAUGUUGCUGUUAAAGCUUCUUUAGUUUUCUUAAUUCUCUAUAUUUACAGUCAUUUAAGUACUAAAUACAAACCUUAUUAAUCUGCUCUAUUAAAUAAAAUAGACUUCUUAUCUACAUCUAUUUGUUCAAUAUCUAUAGUCUUAGCAUCUUCAAUCUAUACAGCAUAAUCUUUUGACAUAAUUGAGGUUGUAUUGCCAUUUUAUACAAUCUUAGGAGUCUUAAACUUUUUAUUUAUUGCAAAUAUGUUAUAAAAAUUGAUAUAUGCUUACUUUGAUAAAAUGUAAAAAACAAUUGAUGACAUUAAAACAAUAAUAUAUCUAAAGUUUCCUCAUAUAAUCAAUAGGAAUAGGAACUUAAAGAGAAUAUUCAUAUAGAAUUCAUUAAGAAAGAAAUUGAUUAAAGAACGGUUUAAAAUGAUUAGAGAAUAUUUAAUUAAUUAAGCCUAAUAGAUAAUAUAAUUUAAAUCGUAUUUAUUUUUAUUUUCAAUUAGUUCUAUGACAAUGGAUGGAGGAAUGCCAAAAUUGACAAUGAGAAAUGAAUAAACAAUAAUUACUGAACCAUUAUCAAUUUCUAAUCGUAAUACUGGUAGGCUAUUGAGACAGAGUAAGUAUUUUUCUAAAUAGCCCAGUUAAUUUAUUUUUAAGACUAUUGUUGAAAGUAAAUUAGAAUGA